AUGGCAUCCGCUCAAGCUCAAUAUCAUCAGCCAACUAAAGAUAUCUCUUGGCAUAUACUGGUUGGAACAAUUGUCACCAUUGUCCCAGCUACUCUCUGUGUGAUAUUGCGAUUUAUUUCUCGCCACGUUUCAUGUGCUGGAUUAUGGUGGGAUGACUAUACCAUUGCGGCAGCUCUUGUAUUCAACUGGGCUAUGGCUGCUCUAAGAUGGGUUCAAAUUCCAUUGUACGACUCUGGCGUUCGAUCUCAUGAUAUCUCAUCUGAGAAAUUCCAAGGAUUUGAAAAGAGUUUCUUGGCCAUCCAAUUACUAUACUUUUGCAAUGCGGUUAUUACGAAGGCAUCGCUACUUCUUCUCUUUCAUCGUAUCUUUGGCGUUGUCAAAAGCUUCCGAUGGGCACUUUGGGGCUCUGGCUUCUUGGUAAUUGCCUACUUUAUCGCAUGCACAAUUACAGCAAUCGCCGGAUGCUCGCCAGUAUCCAAGUUCUGGGAUCCCAAAGAGCCAGGGCAUUGUAUUGAUGAAGUUGCCUUCUUCCGCUGGAAUGGAGUUGGAAAUAUGCUCCUAGAUUUCUUAAUACUUUGUCUGCCACUUCCGAUGGCCUGGCGGGUGAAGACAACGAUGCGACAAAAGUGGGUUCUGACUGGGAUCUUUUUGCUUGGUGGUUUGUGA